GUUCCGGGAGCAAACGCCGGAAGCGUAUUUCGCCUCGGUCGGUCGCCGGGCAGGAGUCGCGCGCGAUGGGCCGCAGCCGGUCCCGGUCGCCUCCGCGGAGGGAACGGAGGCGUUCCAGAUCCACCUCACGUGAAAGAGAGAGGAGGCGGCGGGAGCGAUCAAGAUCUCGAGAGAGAGACAGAAGGAGAAGUCGUUCUCGUUCGCCACAUAGACGAAGAUCCAGAUCUCCUCGGCGGCAUAGAUCAAGUUCUGCUUCUCCUUCCCGGCAAAAAGAAAGGCGAGAGGAUGAGAAGAAGGACAGCAAAGACAAAGAGCGUCAAAUCACAGAAGAAGACCUGGAAGGCAAAACAGAAGAAGAAAUCGAAAUGAUGAAAAUGAUGGGAUUUGGCUCAUUCGAUACCACAAAGGGCAAGAAAGUAGACGGAUCUGUAAACGCGUAUGCUGUAAACGUGUCGCAGAAACGGAAAUACAGGCAGUACAUGAACAGAAAAGGUGGAUUCAACAGGCCCCUGGACUUUAUUGCCUGAUGCGUCUGCAGUUGCUACCGAUAAAAAACUCCAUUGAAGUCUCGUCUGUCUGGCUGAGAAGGUUCUGUCUUCUCA